UCAUAUUGUUGGCCAAGGAUCCUUCCGUCACCAAGUACGACCUUUCUUCCGUCAGAUACUUCUGGUCUGGCGCUGCUCCACUUUCUAAGGAGCUUUCCGAAGCUGUUGCCCAACGAUUGAACGUUGGUGUCAUUCAAAGGUUACGGAAUGACGGAGUCCUCACCUGUAUCACAUACUCCUCUUCUUUCAAAUAUCGUCAAUGGCUCCAUUGGCGAGUUGCUUCCUGGUAUGAAGGCCAGAAUUGUUGACGAGAGUGGCCAGGAUGUUGCACCUGGAGAACGCGGAGAGCUAUGGAUGGCUGGUCCCAAUAUUAUGCUCGGAUAUCUCAAUAUGCCUGAUGCAACCGCAGAGACCAUCGACAAGGAUGGAUACUUGCACACUGGUGACGUUGCUAUCAUGACAGAGGACAAGCAAUGGUAUAUUGUCGAUCGUGUCAAGGAGCUUAUCAAGUACAAGGGUUUCCAAGUUGCUCCCGCAGAAUUGGGGGCUCUUUUGUUGACUGACAAGAACAUUGCUGACUGUGCUAUCAUUGGUGUCUAUGACCCUAGCCAAGCUACUGAGUUGCCCAGAGCGUACAUCAAACUCGCACCUGGCGUUGAAGCGACCGACGCCACUGCACAGGCCAUUACCGAUUCAGUCGCCAAGUCGGUUGCUAAUCACAAGAAGUUGAGAGGCGGUGUUCGUUUCAUCGCCGAAAUUCCCAAAUCAGCGGCUGGAAAAAUCCUUCGUAAGGAAUUACGCGAGUUGGCUAACCAGGAGAUGAAGUCUAGUGUCAAAUCCAAAAUCUAAUCCAUAUCCGCACUGAAUAAUACUCUCUAAGAAACAUAUAAAAUACUUGUCUACAUAAAACCUCUAUAUUUCCCGUGAAUCGCUGCGUUAAUUGUG